AUGGCGGGAACAUCGACGACAUCACCGCAGGACGAUGAGACGACGACGCCGCCGCCGCAGCAGCGGAGGAACCCGGGCCUGCGCCUGCCCAGGAUGACCAAGGUCAGCCGACGCGCGGGCGCCAACGAUGGCGACGCAGCCCCCUCGGACGACGACGACGACGACGACGACGACUUUGCGCGCUGGAAGGCCGCCUCGGGCCCUACGACGCCCAACCUCUCCGAGACGGCCGCGCAGCUCAAGCGGAGCCUCAGCGUGACGGGCCUGCAGGACCUGGCCCAUAUGCCUCCUGGCCAGUUGCGCAAGCAGGUGGGCAGCAAGGUCUGGCGGCCCCAGGACGAAGAGGCGCGCAUGCCUGGCGACUGGGAGCGCCUGCUGGUCCACGUCGUCCGCGGCGGCCUGCGCGCCGGCAACCUGGCGUUUGCGCUGCGUGCCACGCUGAUGCUCGUCCUCGAGCUCAUCAAGGCCAUCCGCACCAAGCGCUUCAAGGGACGGUCGCUCGGCCUCGCCGUCCUUGGUCCUACAAACUUUCGCUUCGCGGGCCUCUUUGCCCUCUGGGCCGCGCUGUACAAGGCCACCCACAACUCGCUCCGCCUCCUCACGCCCAUGCCCGUCGACUCGGGCACCGCCACGCCGCGCUCUGGCCGCGCGGCCCUCGAGGGCAAGACGGACAGCGAAAAGGCCCACGAGCGGUCCAAGCAGAAGCGGCGCGCCUUUAUGCGCGACCCGCGGUCCAAGGUCUGGCACGCCUACCUCGCCGGCGCCGUCUCUGCGCUCGCCGUCCUGGUCGAGACGCCCGCCAACCGCAUCGCCCUGGCGCAGCAGCUCUUUGUCCGCGGGCUCGAGGGCAGCUACAACGUCGCCCACAGCAAGGGCCUCGUCAAUGUGCCGCACGGCGCCGUCCUCUGCUUUGGCCUCGCCUGCGGCCAGAUCAUGCACGCCUGGCUCACUGCGCCCGACUCGCUGCCCGGCUCCUACCGCAACUGGAUCACGCGCGCCUCGCAGGUGACGCCCGUCGCCACGACCAUCCACCGCGACAUCAUCCAGCGCGGCACCGCCGACCUCGACCUGGCGCUCAAGCUCUUCCCCAACGGCGAGGUCCCCAAGCCCUACUCGCUCAGCCCGCUGCGCUACCCGCACGUGCCGCCCAACGCCGUCAACCGCCGCGGCAUCCACGGCAAGAAUGUCAAAAAGAUUGUCGAGUGGAUGGAGCGCGCGAAAAAGGGCGACGUCGGCCACGUCAUCGACUGCGCCCUCGUCCACCCCUGGGAGGCCAGCCACCUGUGGAGCCCUGUGGACCGCUUCUUUGAGGUGACGCGCUGGAUCCUGCCUGUCUACCUGACCCUCCACUUUGUCCCGGCCAUGUUCCUCCGCCCGGGCUCGUUCCUCAAGGACCCCAUGCGCGCCUUCCUCCGGUCGCUGUUUGGCAGCGUGCGCUCGUCGUCGUUCCUCGGCGUGUUUGUCAUCAUCUACCAGACCAUCUUUUGCGCCCUGCACUCGUCCCACGGCUGGCUCGUCAAUAGCCCGACGCUCAAGGACCGCGUGCCGGCGUGGCUGCUCAAGCUGCUGCUGAGCUCCGAGAUGAAGUGGCUGGCCGGCUUCGCCACCUGCGGCUCGCUCUUCAUCGAGCACUCGAGGAGGCGCGCCGAGCUGGCGGCCUAUGUCCUGCCAAAGGGCAUGGAGAGCGCGUGGUCAAUCGCACGCAAGCGCGCCUGGGUGCCGUUUGUGCCCGGCGGCGACCUGCUGCUCACGUCGAUGGGCAUGUCGCUGGUCAUGGGCACCUACGCGCAGAACCCAGAGCACCUCUCGGGUCUCGUGAGGCGCGUCGUCUACCAGUUUGUCGGUCGCAACUAG